AUGGAUGGAGGGGUGGAUGGAUGGACAGAGGGAGCGAUGGAUGGAUGGAUGGAGGGGUGGAUGGGUGAUCGUGAGAUCUGUUUCAGUGGGUUCCAGGCGAAUGAUCUGCCCUCCUCGGUGGAUCCUCUGUGGAUCCUAGGGGACGUGUUCCUCUCUGAAUUCUAUAGCAUCUAUGACCGGGGACAGGACAGGGUGGGCUUCGCUAAGGCUAGACACACACGCUAUACAGAGAUGGAUGGAGGGAUGGAUAGAUAG